GUGCUACAUUCAAUAUGGCAAACCCACCCAAGACUCACCCACUAAAAACGAAAACAUGUCGCAUCAGUACAAUGUUGACACUAACUGCCACUUACUUCCUGGUAGAGAUUAUCGUAGGAUACAUCACUAAUUCUUUAGCUCUGAUAGGAGACUCUUUCCACAUGCUGUCCGAUGUAGUGGCUCUUGUUAUUGGAUUAGCAUCAGUCAGGAUCUCAAAAUGGCAGACAGAGAAAAACACCUAUGGCUGGGCAAGGGCGGAAGUGCUGGGUGCUGUAGUCAAUGCAGUUUUCCUGAUUGCUCUGACAUUUUCUAUAUUUAUUGAGGCGUUGAAAAGACUCAUCAUGAUUGAGAAGAUUGAUGACCCUCAGUUGUUGCUCAUAGUUGGUGGAGUAGGCUUGGUAGUUAACCUUCUUGGCCUAGUUCUGUUUAGUGGUCAUGCUCACGGGCAUUCACAUGGAGGGGGAGGGGGACACGGACAUUCUCAUGGGGGUGGUGGUGGUGACAAUGAAGAUCAUGGUCACUCACAUGAUGACAGUAACCAUGGUCACGCUCACAACGGUCACACUCAUAACAGUAAUAAUGAUAGUGAUUGUGAAAGUGCCUCUACAAAGGAUCCUAUGUGUCAAAAUGGCUCACCUGCUGGCCUUGAAAAUGUAUCACUCAGUACAGAAACUAUUACAAAGAGCCAAAAGAAGUUACAGAAGAAAAAAGCAAAAAAUAGUGCCCAGCUGAACAUGCGUGGUGUAUUCCUCCACGUAAUGGGAGAUGCGCUAGGCUCAGUAAUCGUUAUCAUAAGUGCACUAGUAAUCUGGUUUGGCAAUGGAGAUUGGAAGUAUUAUCUCGACCCUGUUAUGAGCAUUUUACUGGUUCUUAUUAUUCUAUCCACCACAAUUCCACUAUUAAAGGAAUCUGCUAUGAUAUUACUACAGACUGUGCCAACUCACCUGAAAGCUAAAGACAUUCAAACGAAACUUAUACAAAAGGUUGAAGGUGUCUUAGGGGUACAUGAAUUCCAUAUUUGGCAACUAUCUGGUAACAGAAUCAUAGCCUCUGCUCACAUACGUUGUCGUAGCCUUAAUGAGUAUAUGAAAAUCGCAGGAAAAGUAAAGGAAUUUUUCCACCAUGAGGGUAUUCACUCUACUACAAUUCAGCCUGAAUUUGCAGAGACUUGGCAUGAUGAACCAGAUAGGCAACAAGUUGAUAAAUGUCUCAUUCAAUGUGGCUCAGACUGUGACUUGUACAAAUGUUGUGGAGCCAAACAUAAAGCAAAAUGUGAGGCCAGCAAAGAUGAGGCAACCACAGAGGAUAUCACCCCUGGUCCACAACAAGCUCUCCUUAAUCAAAUAACUGAAGACGAUACUAUGAUAAACAGUACUGAGAGACUUCAGAGAGCUGUAGAGGGGAGCACUAUAUGGAGCUAUUUAAUGAGAAGCCCUGAUCAAAACUCAGGGCAAGAAGGAGCAGAGUUACAAGAUGUUUAAAUUGUAGUGCAUCUCUAAAAUGAAUGAUAAUACCAGUGUACAAUAUAUACGCAUUGUGUCAUAUAUACUCAGUGUAACAAAAGAGUAGAGUAAGUGAACAAUGAGUACCAAAUAAAAUUGCCUAAAUCAGGAUUUCUGGAUGAAGUUUAGGAUCAGUGGUAGAAUUGGAGUGUGGGUUGUAGCCCUUGAUACUGACACAUAUUGUUACAUGGCUACAAGUAUUAUAUCACAUUUUUACUGGACAUUGAAAGCUACAUGUACUGCAUCACAUUUUUUACUGUACAUCAUAUACAGGGUGUCAAAUAAGUCCCGUCUUGCUGUAUAUUAAAACCUUAACAGACUGAACUAAGUGUGAUAUACCAUUAGUAUUUUGGAUGAAAUUUACCUAUAAUGAUGUCUUUUAUUGACUCUUUAGAUGUCAUGUCUAUUUUCU